CGUGUAUAUAGGUUUUGGUCGAGCGUCGAAGCACGAAUGCCGCUUAACGAAUUAACGACUGAACGCAGCGAAAUACAACGACUGUUUUGCGCGAGCAGAGGCUCGAGAGCACAGCUGCCUGCCGCAUCGACAUUCGACUGAGACGGUAAAUAGUCAAGAGUAUAUAGGUAGACAGAGUCAGAAACGCACACAGACUCGGACAGCAUCAUAAGUACUUGGCGCAUAUAAGGGAAAGCUAUAAGUCGCGUCGCUAAACGCACAAGGCGUGCAUCGUCCGUGUCUUCAUUCGUCAUCGUCAUCGUCACUCGUCCGUGCUGCCAAUCACUGAGACUUGUAGUGACUGCCGAGCGAGACUCGACAAUCGACAUAUCCGACAACGUUCUCGCCAAUCUCCCAUCUAUACGUAUAUCAUAACAACAUAUAGUUUAGGUUACCUAGGCUUGCAAAGAACGACAUUCAUUCUCACAGCUCGUAUAUCAGCAGCCGAACUCGUGGCCCGCACGCUAGCUCGCACGAAUGAAAAGCUGCAGUGCCUAUAGAGAUUAUCAUACAUCACUGUAAGUUUCACGCCAGCGUUGAGUUUGUCGUCCACUGUUGUGCCGAUUCAUGAGUCAAAUUGUGUGACUCGAUUCGAGACUCGAUAGCCUGCAAUUCCGUAAAGUGGGUGCGUAGCGUGCGUCGUCGAACGGACUCGUGUAGACGCGUGUAUUACUGCCUUGUAAAGUGGUGUUGUGCCUCUUUGUGUGUGAGUGUGUCCGUGUUGUGCGCACAGCGGCUGCCAAAACAGCUGGGUGAGUCGUGACUCGUCGUCAUCGUCAUCUUCGUCGUCGUCGUUGUCGUCGUCGUUGUUGCCGUCCCAGUAUUACAGCGAUACGUCCAAUUCACAAGGCUCAGCUCUCCAGUCAUCUCGUAAAUCUGCUGCCAUGGCCAAGACCUACGAUUAUUUGUUCAAGCUAUUGCUGAUCGGUGAUUCGGGCGUCGGCAAAACUUGCGUACUGUUCCGAUUCUCCGAGGACGCCUUCAACACGACCUUCAUAUCCACCAUCGGUAUCGAUUUUAAAAUACGCACAAUUGAGCUUGACGGCAAAAAAAUCAAAUUACAAAUAUGGGAUACAGCGGGUCAAGAAAGGUUUCGCACAAUAACAACAGCAUAUUACAGAGGAGCCAUGGGUAUUAUGCUAGUAUACGACGUAACAAACGAGAAAAGUUUCGAAAAUAUAAAAAAUUGGAUACGUAACAUUGAGGAAAAUGCCUCUGCAGAUGUUGAAAAGAUGCUCUUAGGUAAUAAAUGUGAGCUAACGAAUAAAAGGCAAGUAUCAAAGGAGCGAGGUGAAGCUUUGGCUGUUGAAUACGGUAUCAAAUUCAUGGAGACAUCAGCCAAGUCCAGCAUCAAUGUAGAGGAAGCUUUUUUCACACUUGCUAGGGAUAUCAAGGCCAAAAUGGAAAAAAAAUUGGAGGCAUCAAACCCACCAAAAAGUGGAGGUCAUCAACUCAAAGCUAUAGAACCUCAAAGAAAACCACCAAGCCUAUUUUCACGUUGUUCUAUACUUUGACCCUUUAAAUUUUUCUCAUGCAACUCUGAGGCCCACUUGUCUACUGCUGUUGUCUACUUACGUUCUUUAUGUCGAACGAAACUUCUGUUCAAAGAACAGAUUUGCAAUGGGCAUGUGCCCUUCAAGGUGUUUUUUGAUGGUAUUCCUUGACAGUGAAUAAUAUAUUUUAUUACUUGGGUUAUGUUUUUUAUAAAUUAUACAAAAUAAUCGACACCAUUGUCCAAAACUUUGAGGACAAAAUUGUACUGACUUCAUAGACUAAAUUACAAAAUUUCUCUUUAUUAAAUUUGAUGUACGAAGUAAAA